AUGGAGACUCCCGGUAAAGUGCACAUUAAGCUAGACUCAGCAAUUACCGCACACACCAAGGAGCCUCAAGUAGAGAAGAGCGUAGAAAAGAGACCGGUAGGGGUUAGGUCGUCACCACUCAUUGAUCAUUCACGCGUCCCAUACCCCGCUUGUCUUAAUCAUCAGAAAUAUGCUAAGGAAUACGGUCAAUUUCUGGAGAUGUUCAAACAAUUAAAAGUCAAUCUCCCAUUCAUUGAGGCCCUUCAGUCCAUGCCAAAGUAUGCCAAAUUCCUAAAGGACCUUCUUAAGCGUAAGGAUAGGAUAGGCGAGCUUUUGAAUAUUCCAUUGACCGGAGGUUGUUCCGCGGUGGUUUUGAACAAACUACUGGAGAAACGAACCGACCCGAGCACCUUCAUCAUUCCAUGCCUAUUCGAGGGUGCUGUUACUCCCGCUCAUGCUUUAGCCGAUCUAGGCGCCAACAUCAACUUGAUGCCAUUCUCUCUUUACGAGAAAUUAGGGUUAGGGAAGCUCACUCCCACUCGUAUGACAUUGUCUUUAGCCGACCGCUUGGUCAAGUAUCCACGUGGAUAUAGAAAAUUUGCUCAUUAA